AUGCUCUUUUGGCUCCUCACCCUUCCUGCUUCCGGCGUCGUUUCAAUUGUUACCACAACUCCAGGAUACAUAUCCCUUAUUGCACGUCUCUACCUUCUCGCUGCGCGCAUGAGUCUUACCACAGAAGAAUCACUCCUUUUCGCUGGACGCGCCUUGCAAAAUCUUCUCCAACUCCCCCAAUCUGCUUGGGCACCCGAAUUCACUAACGAGUUGGAUAAAACCCAUCCAAGUGUCGUGAAUGACAUUCUUUAUCGCGUCAUUAAGGAUACAGAAAGACGUCCCAUGAAUUGUCCAGCUUUGAAAGGCGGAUUCAUAAUCCUCUCAAAUAUAUGUCGUGCUCCAGUGCUUAACAGAAUGUUGAUACGGGAGGAUGCCGUAUAUUGGAUCUGUCGAGCGAUUCAUAACUUAUCGUUAGAGAUAUGCCGUGGUCACUCUGAAGAUAAUAAUCUAAGUAUACAAUCGAGCAGCACUUGGUUCAAGGAUCCAGGGAAAAAAUUGUUAGGGGGACUGCGAUACGAUACAAAUCUAUUUGCCAGUGAUAAAUACAACAAUAAAAAGUGGGAGAACCACGAGAAGAUAAUGCUAGGGAACGACGUUCGAAAGAAAAAGGAGGGUGAGAUGAUGGAGGAAAACCUCGCGAUCACUGAUACAGACGGCUUCGAAUUACAAUGCGGUAAAGAUGCGGGAGAGGAGAUGCGAGCCGGAGGAAUACAUGCUCGAAUCAAUAGAGCACAGGGGCAGACGGAGAAAAUUUCACGAAGUAUUCGAAGGAUUUUCCUGAGCAAAUCAAGAUAUCGAAAGUUAGCGGCGUCAAAUCAAUUCCGAACAGGAACACCGUGAUUCUCACAUAGAAUGAUGACCGAAUG